CGGCCGGCACCGCCCCCUGCCCCGAUGUAUCCAAGUUCUGCCCCGCUGGAUACUUUGUAGCAGCCGCCGCGCGGGGGGGCCGGAGCCGCCGGCACCGGGACCGGCACCGGCACCGGGACCAUCGCAGCCCUCCCCGCUCCCGGCGACGGAGAGGACCCGGGGGGGACACGAUCCCCCCUCGCCCCGGCCCGUGCAGCCGCCGGCCGGUACCGGAGGCAGCUCGUCGCGGCGCUUCCCCCGCGACGGCGGGCGCAGAGAUGGACACCUUCAGCACCAAGAGCUUGGCCCUGCAGGCCCAGAAGAAGCUCUUGAGCAAAAUGGCUUCCAAGACCAUGGUCAACGUCUUCAUCGACGACACAAGCAGCGAAAUCUUGGACGAGCUCUACCGGGCCACCAAGGAGUACACCCGCAACCGCAAAGAGGCCCAGAAGAUCAUCAAAAACCUCAUCAAGAUCGUCAUGAAGCUGGGCGUGCUGUACCGCAACGGGCAGUUCAGCCCCGAGGAGCUGCUGGUGAUGGAGCGCUUCCGCAAGAAGGUGCACACCUUGGCCAUGACGGCUGUCAGCUUCCACCAAAUAGACUUCACCUUCGACCGCAGGGUCAUGUCGGGUGUGCUCACGGAGUGCCGGGACCUGCUGCACCAGGCUGUCAACACCCAUCUGACUGCCAAAUCGCACUCCCGCAUCAACCACGUCUUCAACCACUUUGCGGACUAUGAGUUCCUCUCGGCCCUGUACGGGCCCGCCGAGCCCUACCGCAGCCACCUGAAGAGGAUCUGCGAGGGGGUUAACAAGAUGCUGGAGGAGGAAAACAUAUGAAGCGGCUGAGACAGGGCAUCGGCAGCGCCUGCUGUACCUUAUCGCCUGUGAGACUGAGGAUGGGACGUAUGCCUCUUUCGGCGCUUGCCAGGCUUUACGUCCUCUUCUGUGUAGUGCUGUCUUGUUUCCUCUUCCUUUAUAUAAAGACUGAACUUCUCUACUUUGUCUAAUCCUUGCCCAGGGUCUACAAAGCUCCCUGCGCUGGGCUGAGUCCUUUGCAGGCUGCCCUGGGCUCCUGUCCUCCCUGGGCUCCUGCUGUACAUGUUUUUUCCUUUGCCCACAAAGUGCUCUUAGCUCAGAGCCCAAGGAAUCGGCCGGGAUUGGACUCACUGCGUCGACCUCGAUUGUAAUCCUCCUAUGGAAGAAAACAAACCAAAGACUGCUGGUGUGAAACACCUGCAAGGUGAAGCUGAGCAGGGGGGUUGCUCGGAGGAGCGGUCGCGAUACCCCCCCUCCGGAGGGCUGUGGGGCGGCAAAGCCGUGCGGUUGCAUUUCAGCGGGUUUCCAGCAGCUCCACCACACGCCGGGAGCAAACGUGCUCCAGGCUCGCGCUGCCCGAGACGGGGAGGUGCCUCCGUGCUUUGCAGGCUGCAACGGGCUUUGGCCUCCUACAAGGCAAGUCCCUGUGACCAGAGGAUCCCCUCUAGCUUGGGUGAGUCCCCUGGGCUGGACGGGUCGCCCAGACGGAGGGGGGUGAAGUGACCUGCUCCUUCUUUACGUCCCUGAUGCACCCGGUCAUCCAAGACCCACCUGGACUCCCCCCGCCAGCGUCCUGUGGACAGUAUCGCUGCGACGGCUUAGAUGCGUUCCUUGAGAGCUAUCCAAAGCUGUCCCCGGUAUUUCAUCCGUUUUGUGUGUCCUAAACUGAACGAUGAUUGUUGGUUUUUAGCAAACUCUGUAGCCCUGAUGAGUUAUUUAAAUAAACUCACCUGUUUGGCCUGGG